AUGGAAUGGAAUAAUAAUAAAAGAAUUGAAACACCAAUAGAAGGAAUAGGUACUUAAGCUAUAAGAUUAUUUGUAACAAUAAGAAAAGAUUCUGAGUCAAAUGUAGAAUAUAAAAAAAUGACAGUAAUGGCACCAUGUAUAUUAUUAUCAAUUAUCAGUGAGCAUUAAGAUUUCGAUGUUAAAGAGACAUAUUGAAAGAGAAUUUGCAGAUCUCUUUCCACAUGAACCUACAUUUGUAUGUGCAAAAUUAGAAGAUGAAUUCGGUUAUAGUUUAUCAAAUGCUUCUAUAGUUAGUGAAUUGUUAAAAAAUUCUGAUAGAUUAUUUGCAAUUCCAGAAUCAUUUACUAAAGAUUUAAUUGGUAAAAUGCAUGUUACUCAUGACUUGAAUGAAUUAACAUUCAUGUUAAAAAGUAUCACCUAAACAAUCAUAGCAAAACUAGCUGGUAUUUUAUAUCAUUAUAUCUAUAGAGGCUGAAUUAGGAUCUCCUGAAACUUAAAUGGAUAUUAUGUAAUUAAUAGUACCUGUUGGUUUCUCAUUAUAACAAAAAGCAAUAAAUCACAAUACAGCUUUGACAUUAAAAAGAAUAUUUGAAAAUGAGAGAUUAUAAUUCUUAGAUGAUCAAUCAUAUGCACUUAUUUCUUAAUUAUUGAUUAAGUUACUCUAAUUUUGGACUAAUGAUUUAAUCUUUUAAGAUUAGUUUCUUCUCAAUUUAACAGUAGAUCUAUUAGAAAUACUCACUAAAAGUGGUAUAUAUAUUUUAAAUCUCUAAUUUAGCUGCAUUCUCCACUUCCUUUAAAACUCCACAAAUAGUAAAUAGUCUAAUGUCUGUCUCCAAAUUAGAUUUCGUUAGUGCCUAAACAAGAUCUAGAAUAAUUAAACUUAUCUCAUUUCUAUCCAGACCAUAAUUUACCAAUUGUUUUCAACCCAGAUCCUAUGAUGGUCCUUUAACACUUAAUUUACCUCCAUAACCAAGAAGAAGAAAUGAAGAAUAUGUUCCUACUAUACUUGAAUAACCAAAUAGAAAUUCUAAUAGAAGAUAAGGAAGUGCUGGAUCUAGAAAUUAGAAUGGCUAUGAAUAAUAAUAAUAAGAUUUUAAUCAAUAUCCUUAUAAAUAGAAUGACUCAAAUUAAUAUCCUUUUAAAUAAAAUGAUUCAAACUAAUUUGGAUUCAAAUAAAAUGAUUAAAAUUAAUAUUAACACCCUAAUAUGAUAAAAUAACCUCCUACUCCUUAAUAAUUUGGAUAUUAGUCUUAACCUUUAUAAUCAAAUUAUCCACCUCCUCCAUAAAAUCCAGUAUAUUCCAAACCUCAAUUAAAUUUAAAUAAUAGACCUCAAAGUAAUAGAAAUCUAAAUCAAUAUGGUGGUAAUAUGCAAUAAUAAGUCUUUGAUGGAUUAGUAUAAGAUUAUUUAAAUUUAAUUUCUACAGAAUCAAAUGAAGAAAUGUUACAAUUUGCUAUUUAAAAUUUAAGUGAUGGAAUUGAUACAACUAUACAUCAAAUUAUGGAUAGUCCAGAAGCAUUUUAAAAGAUUGUCAAUUUAUUAGAAAUUGCAAUGAGUCCAAAUUAUUUAGGAAUGUAAUUAAGAAUAUUAGAAGCAUUAUCUAAAAAUAUGAAUCAAGAAAGAGCUAAAGAAGCACUUAAAUUAAAAUUAAUACCAAGAAUCAUGAAAGCCUUUACUUAUUAACCUAAAGAAUUUUAACCAAUAUUGUAUGAUAUGUUAUCAGCUACGCUUAAAUUAUCUGAUUUUUAAGUUGAUGUUCUUACAGUUAUCAGCAUGAUUGAAUCAGCCUAUCCUAGAAUUUAAAUGUUGGGAAUUAAGAUACUUUCAUUAAUGUCUGACCCAUAGAGACUCUAAAAUACUAAUAAUGUAUCAAUUUAAUUUGAAAACUAUAUCAAAAGUCUAAUGGAUUGGACCUUAGAUGGAUAGAAGGGAGAAGAGUUUUAAUAUAAUGCUCUUUAAACAUUAUCAAAUUUGGCUAUUAAUGAUUAUAUUAGACCCCAGAUAUUACAUUUAAAGGGAAUUGAAUUCUUCUUAAAGGUCUUAAGAGAAAGCUAUAGAGUUGAUGCUUAAAGGUUGGCUGCAAAAGGAUUGUUGAACUUAUCCAUAAAAUCAAGAGAAACUAAAUUAUCUAUUGUUUCUUAAAUGGAAGAGGAGAUCUAACGAUUACAAAGAGGAGAGAUGGAUACUGUAGUUUAAGGAUACUUAACUACCUUAUUAACAACAAGAGAGAGAGGAUAGUUGUUAUGA